AGCUCAUAAAGAGUUUGGAGGCCGCCCGGGGGAACGGAACUAGCAUGAUUUCAUUAAUCAUACCUCCGAAAGAUCAGACAUCAAGAGUUAACAAAAUGCUUGCUGACGAAUUUGGAACCGCGUCCAAUAUCAAAUCUCGAGUUAACCGACUCUCGGUUUUAGGAGCGAUUACGUCUGUGCAGCAUAGGUUAAAAUUGUACACGAAAGUGCCUCCGAAUGGGCUUGUGAUAUAUUGUGGAACGAUUGUAACAGAGGAAGGGAAGGAAAAAAAGGUCAACAUCGACUUCGAACCAUUCAAGCCCAUCAACACGUCCUUGUAUCUCUGUGAUAACAAGUUCCAUACGGAGGCGUUGAAUGCGCUGUUGGCAGAUGACAACAAGUUCGGAUUUAUUGUAAUGGAUGGUAGCGGUGCACUGUUCGGAACACUCCAAGGAAACACACGAGAUGUGUUGCACAAGUUUAAUGUGGAUCUUCCGAAGAAGCACGGUCGAGGUGGUCAAUCCGCGCUUCGUUUCGCUCGUCUUCGUCUAGAAAAGCGACACAAUUACGUCCGAAAAGUCGCGGAAGUUGCAACGCAACUUUUCAUUACCAAUGACAAACCGAAUAUAACUGGCAUGGUGUUGGCUGGUUCUGCUGACUUCAAGACUGAACUGUCGCAGUCCGACAUGUUUGAUCCCCGUCUGCAAUGUAAGAUCAUUAAAAUUGUGGACAUUUCGUACGGUGGAGAGAAUGGAUUCAACCAAGCAAUAGAGUUGGCUUCGGAGAGUUUGGCGAAUGUCAAGUUCAUCCAGGAGAAGAAACUCAUAGGACGGUAUUUUGACGAAAUUAGCCAAGACACGGGAAAAUAUUGCUUCGGUGUGGAUGAGACACUAAAAGCAUUGGAAUUAGGCGCUGUGGAGACGCUGAUCUGUUGGGAGAACUUGGAUAUUCAGCGUUACGUUUUGAAGAACAAUCAGACCAGCGAGGAGCGAGUGUUGCAUUUGACUCCAGAGCAGGAGAAGGACAAGAGCCAUUUUACGGACAAGGAGACCGGUGUGGAACUUGAACUUGUAGAUAGCAUGCCGCUGUUGGAAUGGCUAGCAAAUAAUUACAAGAAUUUCGGAGCGACUCUUGAAAUUAUCACUGAUCGUUCUCAAGAAGGCUCACAGUUCGUUCGGGGAUUCGGUGGAAUUGGAGGAAUUCUUCGCUACAAGGUAGAUUUCCAGUGUUUAGAAGUGGCGGAUUGCUUAGACGACAUCGAUCUGGAUGACUACUAAGCUCAGCCUGAGGCAGAAAGCAGUUUCCAAGAGGAGAGCGUUGGCAUGUCUGAAGUGAAGAAGCCACCGCUUUCCACUCAUUUUUUGUUUGUUUUCGCACUUUUCAUCUCAUUCCCGUGGUCCAUUGUAAAACGUUAAUUUCUUUCCGCUGUUCGGUUACGUCUCCGCUUCUGCUAUUUGAAAUUUUUUUGUUUUUUCAUGCUGGUACUAUCCUAGGUUGAGUUUUCAUCAGGAAUCCCAGCCAAUUCGAUGAAGGGUUUUUCUAGUGUUGAACUCCCGCAUCGACGCGUUGAUGCGCGGCGAACGAUCGCUGAUUUUCCAUAAACUUCUAUUGGAUUUGCUCGUUUCCCUGUUUUCAAACAACCGCUACAUGAAUUUCUUGAUCCAUUUCGGUUCUUGUUUUGAUCGGCUAGUGUCGUCGUCGUUAAUCUCCCUUCCGUUUUCUGACAAGUGUCAAGUCUGUGGAUACCGGCGGAAAUUUUUUUUUGAUCGGCCCAUUUUGUUCAUAUUCUGGUGGCGGGGAGUGUAAGUCGGUGGCGCCCGUAGUUUACGCAGGGGUAAUUUUCUGGUUACCAGCGAGUUUUUCUUGAAGUUAUUCUGAUACGGUUUUUUGCGCUCCUGGUUUUAAUUUUUUCUUUCCAGCUGAAAUUCGAACGCAUAUCGGUGAAGCGGUGUUUCUCGCUUUGUUUUGAGUUUCAACAGUAGUUAAUUUCGUUUUUGAUCGAACGCGGUAUUUUUCAGUUUAAAAUUAUAUUAAAGAGGCAGCAGUUUUCAACUCGGGAGUUUCACGAAAUUUAGCCUCGCUCACAUUCCUAGUUCACCUUGAAAUUUCUUUAAUUGACAAAAUCUAUUGUCCUUCAAUGUCGGAAGGAAAAUCGGGACGACUUGUUCGACAAAAGUUUCAGGUAUGUGACUCAGGGUCCACCGAUAUGUUCAGAAUUUCUGCUUGAAGAAAUCUAACAGGGCGUAUCGACAUUUAUUUACCGUUAUAUUUUUCACUCUUCUUUUAUGAACUUGAUGAAUCGUCUUUGGAAAGCUUAGCUUCUCUGCUCUCACGAGCUCCUCGACCGGAAUGAAAAUUGAUGAGAUAUUUUCACGCGCUGAAGCAUCUUUGCGCGAUGAGGAACCCGAAUAAAAGAAGCCUCUACUCUCGGGUGCGGAAAAAGA